AUGGCUCCUCAAAUUGAAAACAUUGAAACAUUUAUUGAAAAUGUGUCCAUCUAUUCAACUGAAGCCAUGAAGACGGUUCGAGAUGGUUUAAGGUCCUUUACAGAUUCAAAUGAAAUCGAUAAAGGUUUGUUGACUCGAUUAAUGUCUGAUGACAAUUUACUGUGUCGUUAUAUGAAGCGUCGUCGAGGUGAUCCAAGUGAAUCCAUCAAAUUCAUUGUCAAUACACUGCAGUGGAGACACGAUUUGGGUUUGGACAAUUUGGAUGAACAGACAUUUCCAAAGGAACUGUAUGAAUCUGGAGGAUUAUUCAUUUCGGGACAAGACAUUCAGGGUAACUCUGUUCUUCACAUUCGAGUUUCUCAUUUCUAUAAGAUACCAGAAUUGGUUGAUUUGGUUAAAAAAUUUGUUGUCCAUCACAUGUACAAGGCUGAUGAGCUGGGCUCUCUACGGUUUCCCUCAACUGGAGGUUGGAUUCUUGUCUUUGAUUGUUCAAAUGCUUCCUUGGCUCAGGGUGACCCAGAAAUGUUGAGCUUCAUUAAUUACAGUUUGAAAAAUUACUUUCCAUCAGGACAGAAGUACAUUGUCAUAAUUAACUUGAAUUGGGUUCUUCGAGCGAUCAAAUCUCUAGCAUUCACUUGGUAUCCAGCAGCGGUUAAGAACCGAAUCAAGUUUUGUUCAAGUAAAGAGAUAACUGAUUAUAUUCCAAAGUCGGAAUUGCCUGAUUAUUUGGGUGGACCAGUUAAACAAUACCGACAAUCGCCCAAAAACUGUAUAACUUUGGAUUCACUGCGAUCAAAGGGCCAACUGAGUGGUCAAUCAUAUGAUAAAAUCAUGAGGAUUUUGGCUGCUGCUAAUUGA